AUGGAUUCUGUAAAUGUCAAUGGUGUCGGCUCGUUUGUUCCAUCCAUCUGCCGUUUAAAAAUAUUUUACGAAAGUCCCCGUAUAGGCGCAGGUGGAACUUCCCGCAGUAUGGUUGAUUUUCUCAAACACAACAUAACCUCCUUGGCUCAAUCUCGUCCUUAUAUUGAAUUCAAUGUGGUUCAUCGUCGAGGCGCACCCGAACUUGAAGCCACUUAUAAUAACGGAUCGACUCGCAAUAUUAUAUGCAGUAAAUUGAAUGCCAAGCAAAUUAAGGAAAAGACUGCCGAACUAUGUGAUGGAAGUGGAUCAAGCGCUACUGGGAGAAAGUUUGCCCAGCCUGUAAAGAAAGGUGCUGGCAGUCAAAGAGAUUUGGUUAAUCCAACCUGGAAUCCAUUUCAUUCCAAAGAUGUUUACCGGCCGUAG